GUGAGAAAGUCUUGGGCUUGAUGUGCGAGUGAAUGAGGCUGAACUGAAGUGGGGCUUGUGGUUCGUUAGUGACUAAUCUGCUCCGUCUCAAUUGUGUAACAUUACCAGAAGCCUUAAGACGCCACACCUGUUCCUGGGAAAUCUUGUUCCGUGUGUGUGUGUGUGUGUGUGUGUGUUUUGGAUCAGGUUAAUCAGGUGUUGGGAGUGUACUGUUGUUAAGCAGCACUCAAGGGUUUGGGAGGCCAGUAUUAUGGGCUGUAUGGAGCCACCGGUCGUUAGGGGAAGCAGAGAGGUCGCCGGGGUGUUGGUGGAAAGUUCCGGGCUCAGGUGGCGAUGUCUCCAGGAGAGGACGGUCUAAUCGGGAUCCCUUUCCCGGAGCACAGCAACGAGCUGCUGUCUCGUCUCAAUGCCCAGCGGCGAACCGGGCUGCUCUGCGACCUCACGCUGACGUCACAUGGCGCACGCUACCCCACGCACCGCUCCGUCAUGGCCGCGGUCAGCCUGUACUUCCGGCGUCUGUUCGGGGCGGAGGAGGGCGAGGAUGGAGACGAGGGCGUGGGCGACAGCUGCAGUGUCUGUCAGCUGGACUGUGUGUCUCCUGACGCUCUGGCCGCGCUGCUGGAGUUCGCCUACACCGCCACACUGACCAUCCGCAGCUCGGGCAUGCGCGAGGUCCUGAAGGGCGCACAGCUGCUGGGGAUCCAGUGCGUGGCCGACGCAUGCCGAGACAUCCUGGGCGAGACGGAUUACAUGCGGAAGCACACGGGCGAGCGGCCGUAUCCGUGUCCCAGCUGCCCCGCGCGGUUCCUGCACUCCUACGACCUGAAGAACCAUCUCUCGCUGCACAGCGGGGACCGGCCCUUCGAGUGUCCGCUGUGCCACAAGGCUUUCGCCCGCGAGGACCAUCUGCAGCGCCACAGGAAGGGCCACAGCUGCCUGGAGCUCCGCACGCGCCGCCCGCGCCGCCCCACCGGCCCCCAACACAGCGGGUCCUUCGUCCAGAUCCUGGAGGGCCACGGCAUCCCCGUCCCCCUGCUGCCGGGGGCCCGCAUGCCCUAUCCGGAGCUGCUGUGGCGGGCGGUCGCCGCGCCGGCGGGAAAAACCCUGGAGAAAGCCGAAGGAGGCGCGUCUCCGCAUGGAAGCGCAUCGGUCACGCAUCGAACCUGGGAGGAGGAGGAGGAGGAGGAGGAGCAGGAUGCUGCUGGGGAGGAGGAAGAGUGACCAUGCCUACCUGUGUGUGUGUGUGUGUGUGUGUGUGUGAGUGUUGAGUCCCCAGGUGAAAAAAAGUGCACUUCCAUAAUAAUGUACUCAAAGUGCUCUAUUUCCGCGCACUAAUUUUGUACUUAAUACACUAACAGUGAUU